GACAUUGCAUCCUUAUGGUAAGAUUUUGUACAUAACAACUUACAGUUUCAAGGUAAAUACCUUGAGCAUAUAAGUAUAUAAUACGAAUCGGAAUUUUGGUCUUCACUAUACAUUUUGGCCAGAUCCAUACCACUUCCGAUUCCGUAAUUAACAAAAAUAACUACCACCAUGACGUCGAAAACUGCCCCUAUGCAGACGAGGACUACCCCUACGAAGACUACCCCUAUGCCGACUAAAACUACUAUUACGCCGGAGACAACUACAACUAUGCCGACGAAAACUGCCAUAACACCGGAGAACAAUACCUCUAUGCCGAAGAAAACUACCAUGACGAAAACUGCCAUAACAACGCAGAAAACAGCCCCUAUGCCGACGAAAACUACCAUUACGUCGGAGAAGACUACCCCUAUUCCGACGAAAACUACCGUUACGCUGGAGAAAACUACCCCUAUGCCGACGAAGACUUCUGUUACGCCGGAGAAAACUACCCCUAUAUUGACAAAAACUACCCCUGUGCCGACGAAAACUACCAUUAGUAUUACGCCGGAGAAAAGUACUCCUAUACCGACAAAAAGUACGCCAGUGGUGUCUGGAAUUGAGUUCUUGCAGGAAAAAUGGAAUGUCUGGUUUCGCACUCUUGAUGUGAAUCAUGACGGGAUUAUCACACGUGCUGACGUUGAUUACACACUCAAGCAAUUCCCUCUGGUAGAAGGCCUAAGCAAAUCUGAGGGAAAGAUGGAAGUCGCUAAAAUAGAAGCAUGGUGGGAGAAAUAUAUCAUUAAAGGGAAUAAUAAAAUAACCAAAGCUGACCUCUUAAAAGAUCUAGAGAAAGAGUAUACCGAAAACAAGAAAAACUUUGUCGCAAAAAUGAAAGCCUUGUGUGAAGACAUAUUUUGCAUUCUGGAUACAGACAAGACUAAAAUGAUUUCACUGGAUAACUACGUCAAGGCAUAUAAGGUAUAUGGUCAUGACAACGAGGCUCUCCUUCGGAAGGCAUUCGAAUUUUACAAUCCAAGCCAUGGUGUGGUUCCGUUACAGGAAUACAUUGACGACUGGCUAGUAUUCCUCACCAAUGAUGAUCCAUCGAAGAAAGAUGUUGUAUAUGAAACAUACAAGGCUGGGUUUGUAUAAGCAAUGGUACAGAAUGAUACAGUAUAUGGAGACUGAUUGCUACUUUAAUGAGUCUUUGCUGUCAAAAUUGUUAAUGCUUAACUUUCAAACGUAACUAAUAAAUCAUUUGUAGUCACAAAA